AUGUAUAGUAUGAUGGAAACCGAGCUGAAGUCGGCUGUUUCCCAGUCCAACACGGGGACAGUCGGCAACAGCGCUCCCGGGAACAAUGGCAAAAACGGCAGUAACAACCCGGACCGGGUGAAGCGACCCAUGAACGCUUUCAUGGUGUGGUCCAGGGGCCAGAGGAGGAAGAUGGCCCAGGAGAAUCCAAAGAUGCACAAUUCGGAGAUCAGCAAGAGACUCGGAGCGGACUGGAAACUUCUUUCUGACUCUGAGAAGCGGCCCUUCAUAGACGAAGCCAAGCGUUUGAGAGCGUUACACAUGAAGGAACAUCCGGAUUACAAAUACCGACCCAGGCGGAAAACCAAAACCCUCAUUAAAAAGGACAAGUACUCGCUCCCCGGCGGACUGCUUUCCCCAGGGUCAGUGCCGGUCAAUAGUAGCGUGGGGGUCAGCCAGAGAAUGGAGAGCUACCCCCAUAUGAACGGUUGGGCCAACGGGACUUACCCGCUGAUGCAGGACCAGUUGGCUUAUUCUCAACAUCCAGGUAUCAACAGCCCCCAGAUCCAGCAGAUGCACCGCUAUGAGAUGGCCAGUCUCCAGUACAGCCCCAUGAUGUCCACAGCCCAGAGUUACAUGAACGCCGCGUCCACUUACAGCAUGUCUCCCGCCUAUGGUCAGCAGAACACGUCAAGCAUGGCGCUGGGCUCCAUGGUGAAGACAGAGCCUACCAGCCCUCCUCCGCUAACCUCUCACUCCCGGGGAGCGUGCCUGGGUGACCUUCGGGAUAUGAUUAGCAUGUACCUCCCUCCCGGAGGAGAUGGUGGGGACCCCUCUUCCCAGAGCAGCAGACUGCACAGUGUUCACCAGCACUAUCAGAGCACAGCUAUACCGGGCACAGGGUUGGGACAAUCAACGUUUCUACACGGACGAGACUCCUUUUAGAUGCCAAGUUUUAUAUUAAAGCCUUUUUUGUGACUUUUAAUGCCAUCAGAUUAACCAACAGCGGAACAGCAAGGGGAAGCACGCUUUUGAGAUGUUUACCUAAUUUUCUUGUAUCUGUAAAUAACUUCAAUGUGUCACUCGGCUUAUUUCAAAAUCAUGCGGAAAAAUAUACCUUGUAGGGUUUGUUUUUAACCUGUUU